AUGGCCGAGGGCCGCCAGGAAAGUUCUGAAAGUACAUUUGGUAAGGGUGGUUUCUAUGUGCAGAUGUUUUCUUCAGAUACGUCACUUUUGAGGUGGCCUAUGGUGGAUGAAGUGCACUUGUCGGCAGCAGCACCACUCCGAAGCGGUGGUGAAGUGGAUGCCCAACCGGAAGAACGGCAGGAUGUACAUGCAGCAGAUUUCGCGGCAGGCGGUGGUCUGGAGACAGCAAACCGACAUAAUACGUUGCAGCAGGGCCUCGAGGGGAAGGUUUUGUCAAGUCGUGGUGGAGCCGCUGAGAGCUUAGGACAAGGGUGCACCACAACUGAAUGUAAGCAGGAGAUUCGAGUGACGUCGCGGAACAGCAGGAAGUGCCCCGCCGGAGGAGCGACGAAGAAUCCGAUUGGGCUGGACGUACCGAGACGGUGUGAGGCGCUGCGGGUGGCAUCGUCAGGAGGGAUAGGAUUUCCUGCCGAACACAGCAAGAUCCUACAGGGUUUUGGGGAAGAUUUGCUGCACGACAGUGUAGAGAGGCAUCCAGAGGGAGGAGACAGUUGCACAACGAGUGCUGUCCCUGGAAGGCCUUGCAAGGAGGUGGGCACAGACAUGCGAGCGUGCACUCCCAGCAAAUGCCCGGGAGCAGCGGCCGGCAGCAAGGAUAACGGGCUGGGAGCAGGGUCUUUCCAUGGGGUUGCGGAGACUGGUGUGAAGAUGGCGGAGGCUAACGAAGACCCAUUCGUUCAGCGUAGCUUAGCGCAGGGUGACUGCGGUUUUGAGGAGACUCGCCGGAAGGCUUUGGAAGCUGCGGAGCAGAGGCCUUUGACGGCGGAGAGAAUGGGGGAUGGGGGAAAUCAGUCAGAGGCCGUAGUGUACGUCGUGCGAGAGGAAUGGGAGGCGUUUACGCUUUACUACUGUUCUCACACUGGAGUUGUACGGGCAGUUGCUUCGGAAGUCAGCCGGGUUACAGCUCGGAAUAACCCACCAGACCUGUGUAGAGGUUUGCCAACGAUGGCAGUAGGAGGUGCUGGCUGCCAGCAGUGCCGGAAACAGCACAGCCGGCAAUGCAGCGGUUGGUGGAGGUCCCGCUAUGUGUUAUUGCGUGUGACUGUCACCCUUGCGGAUAGGUCUUCCGGUGGCUCCACUUUGCAGGGUGGUGGUCCAGCCACGUGCUGCGAAAAUGGAGGGGGUGUUGGAGAGGGUGGAGCAUCCGGCAUGGACAGUUGGCCCGACGGCAGGUUUGAUCAGAAGAAGAGUGGUACGAAGCUACAAGGGGGAAAGCAGCCGUCAUUUGCUUCGCAGCUGUUGCCUUGCACAUCUCAGAAGCUAGGCUUUCGCACCCACCUCGAAGAAUCUUCGGUGCGAGGCAGGUCGGAAACCUCCAAUACACAGCCAGGCGCUCAGUGGAGUCAAAAAGCAGCCCUUCUGCAACAUAGCCAAACCAGAACGCCUAUACUUCUUGAACAACCAGGGGAUCCAUGCACAAGCCGCGGCAGUAGUGAGCUCCCUGGCACAAAUUGCAUCCAUGCCGGGCCAUUCAAGUCCCUUCGCCUCGCCAAACACCUAAGUAUACCGCCGACCUAUAUCAACGAAGGUGCGCCUUUUGAGCCGGGGGAAUUUGCAUUGGAGCCCUUCGGGCCUUCGUAUGGAGCAACAAAUCAUGCGCCUCCCUUGGCGGUGGGUGGAAAUAAAGCUGAAGUGCGGGGGAAUGAGGCUGAAAUAGACGGAGGUAAUCACCAAACAGAGGUUACAUUGGCCGCCUUUUUAAAGGAGCGUCCUGUCGGGAGGGUUUCGAAAGAAGAGCCGGCGCCAUCGGUGGCUUGCAGAACUAGUGGGGUAAGUGCGUCUAUGAAGUCAAGCAUUGCUGUUGAUUUCGGUCAUGAGACCGGAGUUGACACGUGGGCGGCUAACGAAAGACGUAGCAGACUUGCUUCGCUUUUGUCGUCGCCUUGUGAUAGCUUUGAGGGCUUCGUGUCGAGUGGGCCUCGGGAUGGGACGCUUGUUGAGGAGGAGUUGUCCAGCAACGGCAAUUCAACCGACUGCCCUCCUACACUGCCCUACCUUUGGGCUCCCACCGGAGGGCUGAACUCUCAUGAAGUGCCAGACAGCAACAUUCCCUCAUGUGGACCGUCCCAGCAACAGCUUCGAGUGCAUGGGGAGACGAAGUUCAGAGAGCGAGGCUGGCAGUACGCAGGGACCCACAGAAUUAGGCGCAGGGGCUUGCGGCGGACUUUCAAGUCCCAGACAUCUUCGUGCAUCGAUUCAGCAGGAGGGGUGAGGAGAGCCUUGGCACAGUGCUACGCUAUAUGUGCUAGCACCAUUGGGGUGGAUGCUGUUGCUGAGGCGCAGAACAGCUAUUUGGGGUUGUGCGUGGAGGAGCGCGAGCUGGCUGCGGUGUUUCUUGAUUUCGUGGCACUUGUGGCCCCGGGAGAGCAAAGACCGAGGGAUCCGAAGAUGCAGCCUGCGCUGCUCACUUGGCAUGCAGGAGGUGGGGUGGAGAUUCGGCACACUGCGUGGGCUAGGGAUUGGAAUUUGCGGUUUGAGGGGUGCUAUUUAAGCGGUGUCAUUUACCUGACAGCGGCAAGCAGUGAUGCCUUAGCGCAUUCGAACAGCAGCGUAUGA